AUGGGGAAGCCGCGCGUAAUAUACUGGUUUCGAACAGACCUUCGGCUACACGAUUCUCCCGCUUUAGAAGCGGCUCUUGAACUAGACCCCAUUGUCUUGUGGCCUAUCUUUACGUGGGAUCCUCAUUAUGUAUACCGCGUCAAAGGAGGAGUGAACAGGUGGCAAUACUUACUCGACUGUCAGACGGACCUUUCAAAGUCCAUUCAGAACCUCAAUCCCAAGUCCAAGCUUUUUGUUUUGCGCGAAGCACCACAAACACUCUUCCCCAAACUAUUUAAAGCGUGGAAUGUAACGCACCUAGUAUUUGAAAAGGAUACAGAUGUCUAUGCCCGAGAAAGAGAUAGAAUCGUGGUGGCCUUAGCAGAAAAGGCUGGCGUUAAAGUAAUCUAUCGUUAUGGGCGUACGCUUUGGGAUAGCGAUGAGGUUGUUGCCAAGCAUGGGGGAAAGCCAACUAUGUCUAUUACUCAACUCCAAGCUGCCGGGAGGAGAGUUGGGGAGAUACCUCGACCCGUACCCACACCAGAGUAUCUUCCAGAUCCAGGAGAUAUGCCCGUAGACUUUGAACAAGAGAAACCGGAGCCGGAACCGGAUCUUAAUGCUCCACACCGGAGUGAGAUUGAUAAAACCUACUCGCACAUUGCGGGACCUAGGGGAGAUUUUGCUAUUGCAACUCUUAGGGAACUUGGGUUCCCAGAAACAGCUACUACACCGCACCGUGGUGGUGAGACAAUUGCUUUAAAGCAGCUGGGAGAAAUCUUCUCAGACGAGAAAUAUGCGGCCACUUUCCAGAAACCGAAGACUAGUCCUGCGGCUUUUGAGCCGCAAUCAACGACUCUCCUAUCACCGAUGCUACACUUUGGUGCACUCUCGCCACGCCUUUUCUAUUGGCGGGCACAAGAUCUAGUUGAACGGUACGGCAAGGGAGCAUCCACACCGCCUGAAAGUCUGACCGGCCAGCUGUUGUUUCGGGAUAUGUACUUCGCGGCUCAGGCGGCGAUUGGAUCUCCUUUCGCCCAAACUAUGAAUAAUGCAUACUGCCGGUUUAUUCCUUGGCACUUACCCUCAAAAGUAGAGGAAACUGAGACAGGCAUUAAUGCAAUUGGCGGCAAGUAUCAUGUUGACUCUACACAAGCAGAGGAAUGGCUUCUACGUUGGAAAGCGGGCAUGACUGGGUUUCCGUUCGUUGACGCUUUGAUGCGCCAGCUACGUGUUGAAGGAUGGAUUCAUCACCUGGGGCGUCAUAUGGUAGCUUGUUUCCUCACUAGAGGUGGAUGUUAUAUACAUUGGGAGCGCGGAGCCGACGUUUUUGAAGAGUUGCUGAUCGAUCACGAACCGGCUAGCAAUGCUGGAAAUUGGCAAUGGGUGAGCUGUACUGCAUUCUACUCCCAGUAUUUUCGUUGCUAUAGCCCCGUGGCGUUCGGACAGAAGUGGGACAAGAAAGGUGAAUUUAUAAGAAAAUGGGUGCCUGAGCUGAAGAACUUAGACGAAAAGUUUAUUUAUGAGCCGUGGAAGGCUAGUGAAGCAACACUGGACGAAGCUGGUGUGAAAAUUAAAGGAGAUGGACUCCAUGAGACAACGGAUGGAAAUUAUCCAACUCCGAUGUUUGACUUUGGACAGAGGAGGAGCGCAUGUAUUUCUGCAAUGAAGAGGGCAUAUUCUAUUGGGCUAUAUGGAAAUGAUGUUAAAGUCAAGGAUGGGACAUGGAGGGGAUUAUUUGAGAAGGUCGGUGAAACAGAGAUAGGAGGUUUUAGUAGUAGUGGUAACAGCGAUAGGACGCACAAGAGCCAUGCUGACAUCCAAGAUGGAAGUGGAAAGGGCGAACUUAAGCAUACAACUCGGGAUAUAGCGGUUAGGGAAGGGCCCAUGGAUAGGUUUGCUAAGAAACUGAAAAGAUGA